CAACGCGAAUGGCCGCCCAGCCAAUCGAAACACCGCUAUACCAAGAUCGAGGGCAUUGACCGCAUCGCCACGGUGUCACGCAACCAUACGACAGCAUUUCCAUGCUUGGCGUGGCCGACGACCGCUAUACCGAGCACGAACACACCUAUGCCAAGUGGUGCUCACUGCUUGCGAAUGACGAAGAUGGCUUGUACACGUCGCGCUCUCCGAAAGGCCGCCCCUUCGCUGAAGCUUCCCAAUGGCCGCCCCUUUGCAGAAGUUCUCAACAAUGUGAAAGAAAACUUGGAAUGGCCACACCCAUUUCCAGAGGUAAAGAGGGGUAGAGUUGAUUCAGAAGAAACCGUUGGAUGGUGGCUAGAGGGUUUGCACACCCCUUUGGGCGUCUCUGAUGCGUGAGAGAUUUGGGGCUGUACCCUGGCAGCGUUCUGAAGACGAUACAAAAAGAUCGUAAAUGCCGCCUCCUCGUGGACAGGUCUUCCUACGCAUACUUUCAAUCGAACAGUCAGAAUGCAGGACCAUUCAAGCAAUUCAAGCUCGCAGCAGUACAUGGCACAAGGAGAGCUCUGUGUGUUUGACGACGCAAAUGCGACGGCUUUCAGUACUCUCUCCGAGUACACCGACGACGGACUUUUCAACUUCAAUCUCGGUAGCCAAUUCGACCCACACCUCGCGAGCCUCGACGCCCAGCUCGUUGGAGGGCUUGGCCCCUAUCCUGAUAUGGAACAAGAACCACGAAAAGCCACUCGCAACGGCCCGUACCUUGUCAACUCUGCAAAGCAACAGAUAUGGACAUCAUCCGAGGGAGGACGCACCAAACUCAUAAUACCAGGGAGAGGUCAUCCCGAUCUAGUUGGGGACAUUGCAGCAGACUUUCCUGGUUUCGGCAGCAAUACGCCAUCAGUCUCGGAUACAAGCGGAGAUGCACUGACGCCUUCAAGCUCUCCUCCUCCCGCUCAGCGCCCCAUUUUCAAAAAGAAGGGCUACGAACGAGCUUCGGUGGCUCACCGACGGGAUCAAGAAUGCUUCUGUCCCGUUGUGGGGUGCAAAAACCAGAGGUUUUCUCGGCUGGAAAAUCUCAAUCGCCAUAACAAGACCCUUCAUGACUUUCCCAGGGAUCAAAUCAUAUGCCGCCACUGUGUAAAGGUGUCCCAUGCACGUCUUGAUAAAGCACGAUCGCAUUGGAGAAACAAACACGAGAAGGACGAUAAGAAGUUUGACCCACUCAUUGAGAAGAGAGGCACUGCUCCAUGAGUGUCAAAGUGCGACAUGCUCUUAGGGCGCCGGUAAGCGUUGCAGCGCCGGAAUGAUGCAGUGCCUACUGGCUGGAAAAUAUCUAAAGCACUGGACAGUAUGGACGCAUUCUACUUGGGGUGAAAGCGUUGGAGCGUUGUGUUCAAGAUAUCGUGAUUCCAAUCUGUAUUCGAUGUACUAGCGCACAGCAUCCCAUCUCGCAUAUGGCCCACCUAGUAUUCGUCGUACUUGUACCUGUCGUGCGACCCAACUUAAC